AUGGAGAUGAGCGGCCUGGACCUGUGGAAGCACGAGAAGCCCCCAAGGAUCUGCCCUUUGCCCCCGCCGCUCCCGCCGGCGGCGGCGUGCAAUGAGGCGGCGCUCGUGCCGCCGCUCAACUUCGCCAUGGUCGACGACGGCAUCUUCCGCUCUAGCUUCCCAGAUACCUCCAACUUCCGGUUCCUCAAGUCCCUCAACCUCCGCUCCAUCGUGUAA